AGUUGGCAGCGCUCAAAGUCUCCGCUGCCGUCGAGCGCUGAAAGUGUAGAAGGCGCCGCGCCGCCAUUGCCAUUGUUGUGGUAAACUCAGAUUGUCCAAAGUUUGUCAAAUCUUGAAUAAUAUUUUAGUACGAAAGCAUUCGUGGCCACAAUGGACGAAGACGAAAAUUCAAAGCUUUCAAGGCGAGCUGCACAGCUGCUUCGACCAGACUCGGAUGAAAAUUUGGGCAACGUGGAAGAGGAGAUGGAAUGUGAUCUGAGUCUGGGUUUUGGUGACGAGCCUGUAAUGUCACUUGAAGAUGCUGAGUUCAUGAACACAUCUCCCCAAGCAUCUCUCUCAACCGCCAAAAGUGUGAGAAAGCACGAACUACCCAGCCCUAGCCCCGUCAACCCUAGACCCUGUAAAGCUCCUUGCCUUGACUUGCAUGCCGAACAACAAACCACAGAAACUGUCAAGGCUCCCAGUCAAAAUGUGGAUGCAGAAAUAGAUUUAUCUGUCGAGACUCUCUCUGAAAAUGUGGAUGCAGAAAUAGAUUUAUCUGUCGAGACUCUCUCUGAAAAUGUAGAAGCAGAAAUACCUACAUUGCAUGACAAUGAGCAGUGCACAUUACCGCUCCAACCUCAGAUUCCUGAAGCACAAGUUUUACAAGACCUAGCCUCCCAUAACAUCUCUGAUUUUAAUUUGGAAGAUCUCAGCAAAAUACCCGAUCAGCCAUUGGACUUAGUGCCAGGCAGUCCAGAAAUCACUGAACCACUUAUGUCCUCUGAAUCACACUCUUCAGACAAACUUUUUGGACCUGCUUAUUUUUGGAAUUAUACUGAUGAUGAUAAUGCUGGCCAUUUAAAACCUGGACAGCCGCACUCUAGUGUACUUGAAGAUUCUGAUCAGGGUACUGAUACUGAUGAAGAGGAAGAGGAAGAGGAAGAAACAGUGCAAGACACAUCUACUAAUCAAGGCAACGAGUCUCUGAUUUAUCCUGAAGCCCCAAUCAGUGUGUGGGAAAGUGUUACUGCUAUGCUUACGUUUGUUCAACGUCAUAACAUUAGUGGUGUAGGAUUUGGCGACCUGCUCUCUCUUGUUGACUUACAUCUUCCCAAACCAAACAGCUUUGUGAAGACCAGACACGCCAUGUUCAAGCUGUUAGAAGAUAUUAAGGAGCCAGUUAACAUCCACUACUUUUGUAGCUUAUGUUACAAAACAUGCAAGUCUUUGAAUGAUUUGUGUAAUGUAUGCACUGAUGAGAAUCGUAAAGUAGAACACUUCAUCACAUUCUCCUUAGAGGCACAAGUGAGAAGACUCUUUAAAAGGCCUGAUUUUGUUGAGAACCUAAAACAGAAUCGAAUUAGAGUUAAACAAAAUGAGAACAAUAUAGAAGACAUCUGGGAUGGUGAGGCAUAUAAACUAGCAGAAAGUCUAGGACGGACAGGAAAAGGCCUUACUGUCAUGUGGAACACUGACGGGGUGCCUAUAUAUAAGUCCGUCUCUUACUCAUUGUGGCCUGUGUAUCUUGUGUCAUUAGAAUUGCCUCCUGAAAAGCGCUUCUUAAGUGAGAACCUAAUUAUAGCAGGAAUUUGGUGUAGUGCCUCUAAACCUCAUCCUAAUGUUUACUUAGUGCCUAUUUUGAAAGAGCUUCUUAAUUUAAAGAAUGGAAUUGAUGUUGAAUACUUUGGAAAAGAUGAGAAACAACGGAUUACCUGCUCAGUGCUGUGUGGUACAUGUGAUGCGCCUGCAACGGCCUCAUUUCUUAACAUGAAAUCCCAUUCUGGAUUUUUUUCUUGUCAUUUGUGUCUUAUUAGAGGUGCAUAUCAUGAAAGUACUGUGUUCCCCUAUGAAGAAAAUGUUCCACUCAGAAAUAUGGCUGAUUAUGAUCGUCAUGUCAAACAGGCUGUGAAAGAUAAAAUAAUUUUUCAGAAAAGUGUGAAAAAUGAGGAACAGUAUUGUGGCAUUAAAGGGCCUACUGUUUUAUCUCACAUAAUGGAUGAUAUCUUUUCAUCAAUGGCCAUAGAUUCAAUGCAUGCCUUGUAUCUUGGAAUAAUGCGCCAAAUGAUGAGAAUUUGGUUCAUUGAUGGCAAAUAUCAAGACAAGGCUCAGUUACUAACUCAAAAAUUGUUAGAACAAGCUCCACCUGAUUAUCUUCAAAGACGUCCUCAGCCAGUUGAAAAGCUGGUUCACUGGAAAGCUACUGAAUAUAGGUCAUUUCUCUUUAACUUGUCAGUUGUCCUUCUUAAAGAUAUACUAGACCCUGAAGAUUAUGAACAUUAUUGCUUGUUUGUAAAAGGGACCUCCCUACUGAAUACAAAUAGCAUAAGUCCUGAAGAUAUGAAAGAAUCAGAUAAGCUUCUAAAUCAGUUUUCAAAGGAGUUUGAAUCUCUGUACUCUGUAAAUGAUAUGUCCCAUAAUUUACAUAUGAGUCUGCACCUUUGUAAGUGUGUGAUGUACCUUGGACCAUUAUGGGCCAUUUCUUGUUUUAAAUUUGAAGAUAUCAAUGGGAGAAUAUUAAAUCUUGUCCAUGGUACAAGAUAUGCUGGUCUUCAAAUUCGCUCCCAUAUAGGAGUCAUAACCCACCUUCCUCUUAUGAUUAACAACCUCCGUGAGGGCCCUGUGAAAGCUUAUUGCAAGAAACGAAGGCACCGUCUGAGAAUUAGUGAUGUCAUGUCCCCAGGAACAUUUGUUGUUGGACUGUUUUCUGCAGUGACUGAUGAUUUUGCGUGGGUUGUAGGAAUGUUGAACAAAGAGAAGUGUAUAAAUGAGAGAUCUAGAAUUAUGUUGUUCCACAGGUUCCAGAAGAAUAGCUUGUUGUAUGUGGCCACCAGUUACAAACGAAGUACAAGGGUUUCCUCUUUUGUGACUUACAAUUCAAGUGGAGUCCAAAAGCAUGGAAACAUUUUAUGUUUUGUCAAAGUGGUGUGUAACUGCAGUGAUACUUGCAGCUGUCUCCGCAAGCAUCUCGCUGUCAUUAAACCUGUGCCUACAACUCAAUAUGCAGCUGGUUCAGUAGUUUUCAAUCACAUCUUUAAAUGUGAUACUUCAAGUCAAGUUGACUCUUUUUUUAACUGUGAUGUUGUAUCUGUUCUUGAUUUAAAGUGUGUGAUGUUUAAGCUUCAAGAUGCAAACAGCACCUUUCUUGUGGCACCUCUAAAUGAUUAUGAACUAGAGUGA